AUGUCAAAAACCAGUGAUAAAAAUUCAUCGAUUCGCUUGAAGCGGGAUCAUCCUAAUAGUUCAUUAGACGAACCUAUUUCAUCGACAAAAUCUCCAUCACCACCAAUAAAAAAGUUAAAAAAUCAGCAUACCACAGACCGGAUGGAUAAAGAUACACGAAAUCGUUAUCCAAAUGGUUCAUCAUCAGCUUUCAUUUCAUCAAAUACAACGAAAAAGCUUAUCAUAAAAAAUUUAAAAAUUUCAUCACUUGUGUUACCAGCAGAUUAUUUUGAUAAAAUAUGGCCAUUACUUAAAGAAGCAUUAGCAGCAAUACUUAAUGGUACAACAAGUCCAACCAAUGAAGAACAACUCUAUCGUCAUAUCGACCAUCUAUGUACAACAUCAACAAGUGACACUAGUACUUCGCCACCUAGUCUUUUGUAUGAUAAUUUAAGAAAAGUACUUGAUGAACAUAUUCAAACAUUUGUGCCUACUUUACUGAAUGAUGCAAAUGACACUAAUGAUUACCUUCGAACACUUAAUUCAAUUUGGAAUGAUCAUAUUAUACGAUCAAGUUUGAUUCGUCAAUUAUUCAUUGUAUUGGAUCGAACCUAUGUUUUACAUGCAGCUGUACAGAGUAUAUGGGAACUUAAUCAAGAUUUAUUUCGUCGUUAUGUUAUGCAAAAUACAACUAUUUCGAAUAGAUGUAUCAAUGGUCUUCUUAAAUUAAUUGAACAAGAAAGAAGAGGUGAAACUAUUGAUCGAACAUUAAUUAAAAAUCUUAUUCGAAUGUUAAUUGAUCUUCAUCUUUAUCGAAAAGAUUUUGAACCGCCAUUUUUAAAAUCUACUGAAGAACUUUACCGUAAUGAAGGUCGUCAAUUAAUUCAAACAUUAGAAACUAGUCAAUAUCUUAUUCAAGUUGAACGUCGUCUACGCGAAGAACAAACUCGACUAACACAUUAUAUUGAUCAAUCAACAAAAGUUCAACUUAUUCAUAUUGUUGAAAAUAAUUUAAUUACACUGCAUAUAAAAGAUAUACUUGCAAAAGGUUUCGAUAUACUAGUGAAUGAAAAUCGUUUUACAUCAGUUGCAUUGAUUUAUGAUUUAUUUUUUCGAAUCGGUCAAAUCGGAAUUAAUGAUCUUCGUGAAGCAUUUGCAAAUUAUAUCAAAAAAUAUGGUCGUGCACUUAUAAUCGAUGCUGAUAAGGAUGAUAAAAUGGUUGAUGAAUUACUUGAUUUUAAAGAAAAAUUAGAUCGUUUUCUUCAUGAAUGUUUUCAUGAUAAUGAAAAAUUCUCCAAUACACUUAAAGAUUCAUUUGAACAUUUUAUGAAUCAACGUGUAAAUAAGCCAGCUGAAUUAAUUGCCAAAGCUGUUGAUGCACGUUUACGUUCUGGAAAUAAAGAAGCAUCCGAAGAAGAAUUAGAAAAAAUUCUCGAUAAACUACUAAUUUUAUUUCGUUUUAUUCAUGGAAAAGAUGUAUUUGAAGCAUUCUAUAAAAAAGAUUUAGCUAAACGUUUAUUAGUUGGAAAAAGUGCUUCUGUCGAUGCAGAAAAAUCUAUGUUGCUCAAACUUAAACAAGAAUGUGGCAAUGUAUUUACCAGUAAACUUGAAGGCAUGUUUAAAGAUAUGGAACUAUCCAAAGAUAUUAUGACAGCAUUUGAACAACAUAUGCAUGGUCGUGAAGUUCCCGGCAAUAUAACUACAUUUGUUUCUGUGUUAACAAUGGGCUUUUGGCCAACAUAUCCAACAGUUAGUGCCAUUCUACCGCCUGAGCUCUGUAAAUUACAAGAAAUUUUUACGAAGUUUUAUUUAAGUAAACAUACUGGAAGAAAGCUUCAAUGGCAAUAUUCAUUAGAUCAUUGCUUAUUAAAAGGAUGGCUGAAAGAAAAGACAGUCAAAGAAUUUCAAGUAUCACUUUAUCAAGCACUUGUUCUUCUACUUUUCAAUAAACAUCUGGAUCUUAGUUACAAAGAUGUUCAAGAACAUACGAAAAUCCAAGACGCAGAUCUGCAACGAACCUUACUAUCAUUAGCGUGUGGAAAAAUUCGUUUGUUAAAUAAAAAACCAAUGAAUAAAGAUGUAAAUACAGAUGAUAGAUUUACAUUAAAUACAUCUUUUGAGCAUAAAUUAAUACGAAUAAAAAUCAAUCAAGUACAAUUGAAAGAAACGCCUGAAGAAAAUACUUCAACAACUGAACGUGUCGUGCAAGAUCGUCAUUAUCAAAUUGAUGCAGCUGUUGUUAGAAUAAUGAAAACGCGUAAAACACUUGCACAUGCCCAAUUGAUGUCUGAAGUUUUCGCUCAAUUAAAAUUUCCAAUAUCUACUGCACUAGUUAAAAUACGAAUUGAAAGUUUACUUGAACGUGAAUACAUGAAACGAUCAGCAGACAAUGCCAAUGUAUACGAAUAUGUUGCAUAA